UCAUUCUUCCCUUCUUACAGCCAAAAGACAUUAUCCUGAGUAUGGUAGCUUGGAUUUGAGGAGAGAGUGCAAAAGAAGUAAUGGUCGCUGUAGAAAUCAAUGCUUUGAAAAUGAAAUUAGGAUUGCUUUCUGCAUAAGACCCGGAACCCACUGCUGCAUCUAG